CUAUUUCUACAGCUACAGUCACUGCCAGCCAUAUCAUAGCACUGACAAAAUAACACAUAUUUUAAGCUUUUUUUUUAAGUACAACAGAAGAUUUGACGAUAUUUGUAUUUUAGUCAUAUAGCGUGACGUUUUACUACAAGGGGAUACAAUGCAUUUUACAUUACAAAAGCGAAAUAAGACGUGGAUGCCAGCUAUCAACUUGAGCAUCGUGGGAUUGGUGGUUUAUAUUAUGGCCUGCCCUGUGUCCAGUAUGGAUGUCCUGGUCCAUAAUCAGAUCAACGUCCUGAACGGCACCAUGGUGAGGAUCCAGUGCAUCUUCACUUCCUGCUACAAGAUGGACGUCAACAAGUUUGCCAUGAACUGGACCUACCAGGAGAACACCAACGAGACUGAGGAGAUGUUCAUGACCUAUAAGAAGGGGAUGAUGCCCCUGAGGACAGACCGGUUCAGUGACCGAGUGCAGUUUGUGGGUAACCUGGAAAAGAACGACUUGUCCAUCACCCUCUCUGAUGUCCAGCUGUCGGACGAGGGCGUCUAUAACUGCUACGUCCGUAACCCCCCCGACCGCAUCCAGGGCCACGGAAUCAUCAACAUGUUUGUCGUCACAGAAUUGCCUCCCCCGCGGGACUCGACCAUAGCGGUUGCGAUCGGGGCAUCAGUCGGCGGUGCGCUGGCUCUGCUCAUCCUGUCCAUGGUGGUGGUGAAGUGCAUACGGCGUCACAAGAAACAGGAGCUCAUCUCUGACGAGCAGAAGAUGGAGGAAGAGGGCAAGCUGGAUGCAGAGGGGGGCCCCGAGGAGGGAACCAAGCAGCUAUAACCGGCCUGCAUGGUCCUGGAGGCCCAAGGUUCGCUGGAGCCCAACCUCCUCCCUCACGCUGGAAAGCAUUCCUGCCUGAAGAUGUAUAGUGACCCUUGCUUGAAUCCUCGUCCAGCAUCUGCCUCAGCCCACGCCUCCUCCCUUCCUUCCUCUUGUCCAUCCAAACAAGAUUGCAGUUAUGGGAAGCCCCAGCCACCAGCCACGCCACCCACGCCACCCACGCCACCCCUGCCCCUAUCUUCAGUCAGUCUUAUCUCCUCUCUUCUUCGACGGGGGGCCACAAAAGGUGUAGGAGACUAGUAGACGGCAGUCUCCAAACGACAUUCCUCUUUCCCCUUUUUCUUGCUUGUGGUUUAGCUUAAGAUAGAGAUGUAAGACCUUAAUUUGAUCCCCCUGUAGCAGCAUAACUUUCCCACAAUGCAGUAUGUUUAAAAUGUGUAUCGUAUUGGAGGUUUUAAAAGGCUUCUGAAGUUUUCCCUAAUGGAAAAUGCAUCAACUCUUAGAAAAAGAUCAAUUCAUUCUAAACCACAUAAUCAUUCACAUUUCCUGUUGAUGCAGGACAAUUUUCCUGCUGUAGAAAACUGGCUCAAAUUAAGAUCCUACAUCUGUAGAGUAAAUGGAUGGUUUGACAUCCGUGAUUACUGGGAAAGAUUCUGCUCUCUUUCUCUCUCUCUCUCUCUCUCUCUCUCUCUCUCUCUCUCUCUCGCUUUCUCUGUAUCGCUCUCUUAAAUUGUUGUCUUCUAACUUGCCACACCACUGGAUAACAAAUGAUUUACUUCCAAAUCAUAUAAUUCUCUCUCGCUCUCGCUUGCUCUCGCUCGCUCACUCUCUCUCGCUCUAAUUUUCUUGCUCUAUCACAUUACUUAGCGAUGCAUAAUGGCUGGGGAAAAAAGUUCCCUUUUUUUCUGACAGCUCGUGUGUGUGUGUGUCCAAAUUCUACCUUUCUGUGUGAGAAUGGUGUGGGUGGAUCUUUGGCUGUGUGUGUGUUAGUUUUUAUGUACAGGGUAUAAGCUGAAUGACCUUCAGACGUAACUACGAGCAGUGUGGGUGUAUACACAUGUGUUUGUGUGUGUGUGUGUGUGUGUGUGUUUGAGAAUGUGUUUUAGUGUCCUUAGUGUCCGAGUGUCUUUCCUUCAAACUCAGUCUCCCUUAAUGGAGAAGCCAGGCAUGAUUUUAUCAGUAGUCAACUCUUCUGUACCCUUGCUUCAAUAUGAUAUUUUAGCCUGUGUUGCUUGCUCAUACGUCGAAACAACACACAUGUGUAUUGCUAUGAAUGAAGCUAGUACAAUAUCAUACAUAAGCAUGACAUUUUUUUGCACACAUUAAGACUGGCACAAUUCUGUCUACAGUGGAUGGAUCAUUAAAGGUCUGACAUUAUAUACUAACUGACAUUGUACAAAAAACCCAAUCCCCAAAUGAUGUCCCCCUUUUGUCCACGUGCAGUAACCCUUACACAACACCUGAAUGUCCGGCCCUAGUUGGUCGUUGACACUCAAGUUUUGCGCACCAGAAGUCCACACGCCGAGGCCUACACAUACAUAAAAGCUGAGCACUUUCAGGGAAAACAGAAAAAAAAGUACAAUAGAGAGAAAUUUAUAUCGGAUACAUAUAUUUAUACGUUUUGAGCAAAUACCAAGCUGUACUCUAGAGGUGUGCUUUUGUCUCUAUUUACGUGUGGUCCUCACUGUCUUAAACUAUCAAUGUUGGAAUGUAUGAGGCCUCUCUCCUCUGAGGUAAUUGAUCUUGGAUGUUCUUUGGAUGUUACAUAUUUAGCUAUAAUAGUAUUGCACUGGCUGUGAAUGUAUUUGGGAGACAACGUGAGAUGUCCAAGUUGACGUAGCAACUACUUAAUGAAAUGACUAUACAAUCAAUCAUUCCACUUCGCUCCCAUUGAAUUUCAAACUACCUUCACAGAUGUAGGGCUUAUGUUACAUUAUCACACAAGUAUUGUAAUGUAUGUAAGUCUGAAGAAUCACACAAAGUAUAAACUGUGGAUUUGCUAAACAAUAUCACAACCUUAAAAUAGUAACAUUUAUUUAUUUUAGUGAAAUUUUGUCAAAUGUUACCUUCAUUUGCUCCUUGUGUUUAAACGUCUUGGCUUUGUAUUUUCCAACAGACAGUGUUGGGGGAGCAGAUAGCCUAUGGGAGUGUGACUUUAGGUUGGCAGAAUAUGACUGGGUGCCUCUGGUGUUGUCUGGUGUGGUUUUAAGGCCUAAAGCCGGGGGCCACGCUGAUUCUGUGCCCAGGAGUGCCCUACCUCAUCUGGAGACAGUCUCGCCCUGUCUCUGCAAUGGGCACUGCAUUCAUAGUCGGCCUUUACGUUAUUCACUGCUAAAGCUUCUUUCUUGCACACUUUGUUUCUUAUUAUUUGUAUCCUCAGAUCCGUCCUAGUUUAGAUUUCAUUUGAUUGAGUAUUGUAUUUUGACAUUGUUGAAUUUUGUACCACGCAGUUAUGUAAUUUGUACUUUAUGGUGUGACUUUGUGGUUGUCCUAGCUGUUGACGUUGUGGUAGCCAUCAUUACUUUGGUCUUUGGUAAGUUGGCCUAAGUUUGGGGAGCUCACGUCUGAAAGGUCAUUCAUUUAACAGUGGAAGGUCAAUGCUGAUCUCCACUUGUAGGGUUUACAAGUGGAGAUCUAGAAUGACUUCAUUACUAAUUACUAUAUUAAUGAAUUUCAACUUCUGUGCAAUUGUGACUGUGGUGUUAAUCAGUUUGUAUGGAGUCUGAGACAUGAGCUAGAUGCAUGGUUAGAAAUCUGGGAAGCGUGUUGUCCUAACCAGAGAAUAUAUCUCUAGGUCACAAUCAGACUUCAUUUCCAAAGUAAUGAUGGUACCUCAAGAAUUAGCCCCCCAAAAAUGAUAAUUUAGAUUGUACUGUAUUUUAUACACACACAGUGCUACCGAUGGCUAGGGGACAAAGCACAUGAUCCGAGAAAAAAAAGGUGUCGCCUAAUGAAAUCAACAUGACCUCCAUUUCUCCUGUCACUCACUCUGACAUCUCCGCUGGAGUCCUGAAUGCUGGGUAGCUAGCUGGGAUAGUAGUGGAGAUCCCGGAGUUUCCCCUGUCUGUCUCUGUGUGAUCAUGCAUGUUUUUACUGCAGUGCUCCUCUGUGACGCAUGUCUCUAACCAGGCCCUCUCGCACCGGACACCCGAAAUGCUUGCACUGCACUGUGUCUCCAAGAAUGAGCUGUAAUCAAUAUUGUAUUUUGAAAUAAAAACGAGUACAUAAA